AUGCCUGGAUGCCUCGACCAACGGUUUAUCUCCACCCCUUCCCCAGCCUCACAAACAAACCUGCAACCCUGCGACCGCGACAACCUGCCCCAAAGGCAACCUCCGUCUCCCUUUUCUCCCUACAUUGCAGCCCCCAUCUCCAUUAUCUCAGCUGUGCUCCUCUCCGCAAUUGCCGAAAGUCGCGACUCUGGCAGCUUGAACAUGAUGCGGCAUGAUCGAACGCUUGGUUCGUUGGCCCUCCUCGCCACCCUCCUCUCCCUGUCGUGCGCUGAGGGCCCGAGCAAACAAGUGACCAAGGGGCUGACUUCCAAAGUUACGGUUGAGGACCGCGAGUCUCUCAUGUCGCUGCAAGUGCUCACGUUCACGGACGGAGGCUAUACCACGGCGCGACGCGGCGAUCCUCAUCCGCAGCUCGAAUGCGUUGGGGGCGCCGCGUCACGUGCGAAGGGACUACACCCCGUGCGCGUAGACUGCUACAACACCGGCGUAGACGAGGCCUCGCCGCCCGACCGCCCGCGGCCAAAGUGGCAUUGCGUCACAGCGUUGCAUCGCGGCGUGAGGGUCGACAACUGGGAUGUCCAUUGCGAGGGGUGGAGCUAUCCUGAUGAUGACUUUAUUCUCAGAGGAAGCUGCUGGCUUUCGUAUAACCUCGAGUACGAGGAGCAAGUGCCCCUGUCGGAAGUAGGACAAGAUGCAGCAAGCGCAGUCGCCGAGGACCCGAGGACUUCGAAAGGGUUUUGGGGAUUUCUGCCAGACCUACCGACUUUGUUUCUCUGGCUAGUGGGUAUCUUUGUGUUUGUCAUGUUUGUAAUGCCGUCUCUCAGGAAAAUCGGAAGGAAUCGAACGCAAAGAGAGGUCUCAGAGACUGUGCCGCUUCUGAACAAGAUGGCACCGCUCUGA